AUGGCCGAAUUUGUCAACUGGGACCACGCCGAGCAGGUCCCAUCCGGAUCUGCGAACCAGCCUCCCGGCUCUGGGACCAAUCUCGAUUUUGAGCCAGUGCCUGCUGACCAUAAUUUCGAUCUGGCCUUGGCAAACAUCGAUGGGGAUGACUUUUCCUUCUGGGCCCUGGAGCACUUCGAGACCAGCCAUCUCAUCCCUGGGCUGGAUGAGAUGGACGUCCAGAGCUCAGAGCCGUCGUGCGAUGCGUGUCGGGCUAGUGGAUCCGAAUGCAGGCGAGUUGACGAAGGCAGGUCCAUGAUCUGCUGCACGAGCUGCGCCGCCCUGGACAUCAGCUGCAGCUUCUCCCACUCUCCCGGCCGAGACAGUACUGGGUCGGGGGUUUCCCCUCCGAAACAUGCGUCCGGCGACCACAUUCACACCCUCCUUGAAGAUGUGCAACAGAGCGAUCUUCGCAGCAGUUCGUCUCCGGAUUUAAACAAUGCUGCCACCGGCAACGACUCUGGAAACGACAACAGCCCGAAACCCCCGGCCGUACCCAAGAUAGGCGCCAGGUUCUCUCGAGACUCCGUGCGGAUCCUCAAGACCUGGCUGUCCACUCACUCCCACCGUCCUUACCCUAACGAUGAAGAACGAGAGCGCCUCCAGAAGCAGACCGGCCUCAACAAGACCCAGAUCGCUAACUGGCUGGCUAACGCCCGCCGGCGGUCCAAGGGCAAGUUCCAGCGCACUCGCUCGACCUCGCCUAGCGUGCGGGGCUGGACAGGUGCCGUCGAGAUCCCUCGGAGGCGUGGCACGCCUGCUUUUGAGUCCGAAUACCUGAGUCCUCUCCAGAGAUGGGAGAACUCCCCUCCCGAAAAUGAACCAGCCAGCGUUACUGCCAUUGCUUCUGCUAUUUUGCAUUCCAAUCCAGACGAUUCCGGUAUCAAUAGUCCUUUUAAUCUGACCGACGAUGAUGCCGGCCGGUCGUGCAAGGGCUCAUCGGCCAGCAGCUUCGGUACCUCACCAUCGUCUGCCUCGUUUGCUUCUGCUUAUUCUCGCGGCUCUCGAGGUUCCUUCCAGUCUUUCGACCAGAGGGGACGGAGGAGACGGCGGAGGCGGACGGUUCCAAAGCAAUCGGGUGAGAAGCCAGGCCUGAACGCUCCUCCCAAGACGUUUCAGUGCACGUUUUGUACGGAGUCCUUCCGCACGAAGCACGACUGGCAGAGACACGAAAAGUCUCUACACCUAUCUCUAGAAAGAUGGGUCUGCAGCCCAAACGGGCCCAGGGCCCUCAAUCCAGACGUCAACAAAAUGUGCUGCGUCUUCUGUGCUCAAGCUGAUCCUGACGACGCACAUAUCGAGAGUCACAAUCAUACCGCUUGCCAGGAGAAGCCACUCAACGAACGCACAUUCUACCGCAAGGAUCACCUGCGCCAGCAUCUGAAGCUUGUCCACAACACAAAAUACCUAAAUUGGAAUAUGGAUUCUUGGAAGGCUCCAACUCCCGAUAUACGCAGCCGCUGCGGGUUCUGUGGUUCAGUCCUGGGCACCUGGCCGGCUCGAGUUGAUCACCUGGCUGAGCACUUCAAGACGGGCUCUGAUAUGAAGAGCUGGAAAGGAGAUUGGGGCUUCGAACCAGCAGUCCUCUCCAUGGUCGAAAACUCGAUCCCACCAUUCAUGAUUCACGACGAACGGACGACUCCGUUACCAUUUCAGGCAGGCCAACAUUCUUCGGAGUCUCCACGAAAUGCGUACGAACUGCUCAAAUUUGAGCUGGUUUCCAUGCUCCAGGACCGACGAGAUGCCAACGGAGCUACACUUACAGACGAUGAGUUGCAACAUGAAGCGUGCCGGAUCAUUUAUGCCUCGGACGCCCUCUCUAAAGGCGAGAUUGCCUCACAUUUUAGCUGGCUCCGGGACCUAUUGAUGUCUCGAGAUGAGCUGAGGCUGCGGGCUCAGCUGGGCCUGUUACGUGGCCAUGCCGAAAACUAUCUCGGCCAGCUGAGAGUCAAUGGCAAGGACAACAUUUUCGAAGGGUGUGCUUUCGAGAAACAUCUCAGCGAUUUCGUCCGCGCGAGAACGCUUCUCGGCCUGAGCGCGACAAAUGAAGAACUGCAGGUUGAAGCCUGCAAUAUCGUCGGGAGGAUGGAAGACGCCACCGUUGUGCCGUCCGAGGAUUAUGCGAAUUUCCUCCUGCGUCUGAUCCUGAGAAGUCCAACAUGGCUGUCAAGCUUUCGUCAAAGGGCAGGCUUGCAUCCUGCAGAUGAGUCUUUUGACUCCAGCAACCAGAGUUUUCUCGCCCCCACGGUACAAAAUUAUUCACAGCUUGAAAGAGAGCUUGCUGAAUUUGUCAAGAACCAGCGGGCAACAGAUGCCAAGGAUCCGUCAGACGAUGAGCUUCAGAAGCAGGCUCGCUGCAUCGUGUACAAGUGUCAAAACAGCUGGCAGCCUACGGCUGCUGACAACCCGGCAUGGCUGACCGCUUUCAAACAACGAUGUUCACAAGAUCAAAGCCCUCAGCCGGUUUCAAGCAGCAACAACUCGCCGCCGGCUGGCACCGUCCAGUUCAACAACUCGAGUAUGAGUGAUAUUGCCGACAUCACAAAUGCGGCGGCUGCUUUCAACAGCUUCGGAUCAGUCCCUCCAGCAAGCCCAGCUACACAAGACACUAACAUCUUAAGGCAAGGUGGUCACCUCUUCCUCAACGGGUCCGGCUGCUAUCGCCGCCUGGCGAGAGAGCUAGCUAGAUUUGUGGGCGCUUCGAUGUCGCCGAAUAAUCCGAAUCAGCAUGUGCCAACAGAUCAGGAGAUACAACAUCAGGCUCGAUGGAUAAUAUAUGACGAUGACGACCCUUUCAACCACACACCAGCCGACAACGCAGAGUGGCUUCAGCAUUUCAAACGCUCGGUGGGUAUUAUUCCUGCGGAUGUAGAGGGCAGCGACUUGUCACAGCCAUGGGGCAGUGAGACUGGGGGGCCUUCUGGUCCAAAGCAAUGGCAACAGCAGAACAUGACUUCCACCGCAUUCCAGAAUCCAGUCUCUGCGGCAAUUCCUUCCUUGGCGUCCACGCAGAUUAUGCAGAUGAAUAAUGGAGGUCUCUGUGACCUUGCUAUGAGCUCAUCAGUCGGCGCGAUGGAGCUACCGCUGAUACCGGACCCCGGGGCGGUGUUUGCAAGUCGCGAGUUCGAAAACAAGCUCGUGCAGUUUGCGGUGGCAGAGGUGGCUAGCUCGGGCCGCAUGCCACCAGAUGAGGCCAUCCAGGCGCGGGCGAAGGAGAUCUUGGGGAUGGAGGUCUGGCAGGCGCAGACUACACCUGCGGAUGACGCUGUUCUGCUGGUCAAGUUCAAAGAGCUGGUAGUAAACAAAGUGAAGGCGGUUUUGGGUGGUCACAAUGAAGUAUCGAAGGAGAAAUUGGACGAGAUCAUCAAGGAGAUCGGCGCAGAAAUAUGAGCGCAGAGAUAGUAAGGCAUCACGAGGUCGAGCACGAGAUUUAGUUUUUUCGCGCGGUAAUAUUGAAGAGGUGCGAUGAUACCAGAAACAUACUGCAACGGGGAGGAAUGUAAACCUCAAAGACGUCUAUAGAAAUGAGCAAAUUUCGGUCUACGCCCCCCC